AUGGCAGCCGCUCGCAAGCCCAUCCUGAUCUCUGGCGCGGGCCUGGCUUCCCUCCUCUUGGCCCGAUCCUUGGUCCGCUCGGCGAUCCCCUUCGUGGUGUUCGAGAGGGAUGCAUCGAUUUCCUUUCGCGCACAGGGCUACCGCCUCCGGCUGUCGGCCGAAGGCCUCGACGCCAUCGAAGAAGUCUUGGGUCCCUCACCCAACGGAUUUCCGAGAUUCUGGGACCGCUGCGGCAAGACGGGCGGCGCCAAGGGGUUUGCCGGGAUCGAUGCCAUCACGGGGGAGGAGAUGAGUCCUGACGCGCCGAGGGUGAAUGACAACAAGAAUAAUAAUAAUGGACCUCCGCGGGAUGCCGGUGGCGUGGGAGGCAAACCGCCCAACAAGGAGAUUCUCACGUCGCGCGAGGGCAAGACGGUCGGCAUCUCGCGGGGCGACAUGCGCGCGCUGUUUCUCGAGGGCUGCGAGGAGCACGUGCAAUGGGGCCACCAGGUCACCGGGUACGAACUCACGCCGCAUGGCGUGCAGGCCGUUUUCAAAGACGGCAGUAAGUCGGUCGAGGGGGAGAUGCUCGUGGGCGGCGAGGGCAUCUAUUCCCAGGUCGCGAAGCAGGUCUCCCGGGGGAAGCUGAAGACCUUUGACACCGGCGCGAGGGGCAUCCACGGGCAAGCGCCGACGACAGCCUUCCGCGCUCUGGGCGAGGGCGUCUGGCGCAUGGUCGAUGAUUCCAAGGCGGGCGGGCGAGUGUUUGUCAUCACGAACGUGCGGCCGGGCGAUAUGGACGACCCCGAGAUCCAAUUCGGGUGGACCAUGGGCGGCCAGCCUGGGGUCAUCAAGCCGCCGAACGACGAUUUCGCCAUCAUCGGGAAGCCCGCCGCGGAUAUCGCAAAGGAAUUGUCUAAGAACUGGGCCCCGAAGAUCAGGCCGUUGUUCGAGCAGAUGGACGAGGAAAAUGCGGCCUUUUGGAAGAUUACCUGCUCGACGCCCUCUGGCGUGCCGGAGUGGGAGAAUGAGCCGCGCGUGACGGUCAUUGGCGAUGCGGUGCACAGCAUGACCCCAGCAGGCGGUACGAUAUCCCCCUUCAUCAUCAUUUGCACCAUGAACAAGAAACACGACAAUUGACUGACUUUUUUCUUCCCCCUUUGCACAUUGCAGGUAUAGGCGCCAACACCGCCGUUCGCGACUCCGCCCUGCUGGGCAGACUGCUCGCCAAAUCCCAGGGCUGGGCCGACGGGGUGACGGCAGAGUACGAGAGGGAAAUGCGCGUGUACGCGAGCGCAGCGGUCAAGACCAGCUAUGGCAUGGCCACGGGGCAAUUUGGCAUCGAAAUUGACGAGGAGAACGGCCCGACAGUCGGCGGAUGA